UCUUUCCACUAACACACCACCAUGCCAUGCGUGAACCAUGCGCUACAGUGUUCACACUCACAUCACAAUAUAUAAAUCCUAAUAAAUCCAACUCAUGAAAACGUUUCCCUUUACUCGUUUCCAAUCCAAAACAAACCCCGGCCGGAUCACGAGAACAACAACACCAGUUCCCGGCGAGAAACCGUUCUCGUUUCCAGAUGAUUCCAUUUCCAGCCAAUAAUAAAGUUCCACUCUCUCUAUCCUUAUCUAAAUUUUAUUCUUAUUCUCAAUCACCCUGUUCUCUUUGCCUAACCUUCAAUCUAAUCUCAUCCCAUAUUCACACUCUUCAUAAUCUUCUCUCAAACCAAAUUCACUAACCACAAUGGCAUCAAUCCUUCUCCUCACCGUCCUCCCACUAGUACUGCUACUACUAACUUGUGUCCCAGCCCAAAGGGACGGUGAUAGUGAUGAUGGUGAUAUCUUACUUGACGCCAAAUCUCGGUUGGGAGACCCGGCCGGCAAACUCAGUGACUGGAACCGUCUAUCCAACCCAUGCAACUGGACCGGUAUCACGUGUCACACUGCCAACCACUCCAUCCUCUCCAUCGACCUAACUAACUACGGCAUCUCCGGCCGGUUCCCAACCGAGUUCUGCCGAGUUUCAUCUCUGGAGACGCUAAAACUCGGAUGGAAUUACAUCAAUGGCACGGUUUCAUCAAGUGAUCUUGCGCCGUGUCAUCGACUGCGUAAGCUUGACCUCUCAUCCAACAGCCUCGUUGGAACAUUGCCUGAGUUCGAGCCUGAGUUCAUGUUUCUUAUUGAACUCGACCUCUCUCAGAACAACUUUUCUGGUCCGAUUCCACCGAGUUUCGGUCGGUUACCUGUGCUCAGAGUUCUCAACCUUUACUCUAAUUUAAUCUCCGGCACCAUACCUGGGUUUAUAGCGGGUUUGACUGAGUUAACCGAGUUGAGGCUUGCGCUUAACCAGUUCGAUCGUGGCCCUAUUCCUCUUGGGAUCGGGAAUCUCACGAAUCUCGAGUACAUCUGGCUCGCCUACACCAAUCUCACCGGUGUGAUUCCGGCGUCGGUGGGGAAUCUCUUGAGACUCAAACACCUUGAUCUGUCGAACAACGCCAUUGAUGGCCCAAUCCCGGAGAGCAUCGGACGGUUGAGGAGCGUCGAGCAGAUCGAGCUCUACGCCAACAGGAUCUCCGGCGAUCUCCCGGAGAGUCUCGGCAAUCUCACCUCUCUUCGCCAGUUUGAUGCCUCCGAGAACGCCCUCACGGGCGAGUUGCCGGAGACUUUCGCCGGCCUUCAUCUGGAGUUCAUCGGGCUCAAUGAUAACUUCUUUAGGGGCGAGAUUCCGGCAGUCAUGGCGAUGAACCCUAAUCUGGUUGAUUUGAAGAUCUUCAACAAUAGCUUUUCUGGCGAGAUCCCUCAGUACCUGGGCCGGUAUUCCGAUCUAGAGGAGAUUGAUGUGUCGAAGAACUUGUUUAGCGGUGGAAUCCCGCCGGAUUUGUGCAUGCGGGGGAGUCUCCAGCGACUGGUGGCGUUCCGGAAUCGGUUCACUGGCGAGAUUCCGGCGAGCUUGGGAGAUUGUGAUAGUCUCUAUUAUGUGCGGAUCCAGGAGAAUGAGCUCUCCGGCGUGGUACCUGAUCGGUUCUGGGGACUCUCGAAGAUGUACCACCUCGAGCUUAGCAACAACGGAUUCCAGGGACCGAUGUCGUCGUCGAUCUCCACCGCUUCGAAUCUGACCAAGCUCCUGAUCUCCGGCAACAACUUCUCCGGUGAGAUCCCGCCGGAGAUUUGCCAGCUUAAGGAACUCACCAUGCUCGAUGCCGGCAUGAACCGCUUUUCCGGCAGUAUCCCGGCGUGCAUCGGCAGGCUCUCGAAGCUGGAGCAGAUCGAUCUUCAAGGCAACAUUCUUUCAGGUCAGAUCCCGGUGGGAUCGUGGAAAGAUCUCACAGAGCUCAACCUCUCCAUGAACGACCUCUCCGGCGAGAUCCCAUCCCAAUUUGGUGAACUCCCGGUGCUCACCUAUCUCGAUCUUUCAUCAAACCACCUCACCGGCGAGAUCCCAGCAGAGCUAGCGAAUCUAAAUCUCAACAUCUUCAACCUCUCCGGGAACGACCUCACUGGACCGAUCCCCAUGGCUUUUGCGUCGCCGGUGUACCUCCCGAGCCUCGCCGGAAACCCAAACCUCUGCUCCUCCUCCGGCACCACCGACCUUGUGCUUUUCCCAAAAUGCCCCUUGGUCACCGCCAAAGGUAAAAUCCAUUCCCGCGCUGCCUUAUAUACCUUCGUCGUUUUAAUCGUGGGCCUGGUUCUCCUCGCCGGUUUAUUUUGGUUCCGCCGGGCUCGAUCAACCCGAACCGGAAAAUUCAAACGCGGGCCAAGUUGGAAGUCUACUUCUUUCCAGCGAGUCGGGUUCGACGAGGCCGAGAUCCACGACUGCCUGACCGACGAGAACCUAAUCGGUUCAGGCGGUUCAGGCCGGGUUUAUCGGGUCAUGCUAAAAACGGGCCAAACCGUUGCGGUCAAACGGUUAUGGACCUGUCCACGCGGGCCGGAACCGGAACGCGAGUUCCAAGCGGAAGUGGAAACACUAGGCCGAGUGCGGCAUGGUAACAUCGUGAAACUCCUGUUCUGCUGCUCCGCGGAGGGGUUUAAGGUCCUCGUUUACGAGUACAUGGCCAAUGGGAGUUUAAGAGAAGCGUUGCAUGGCGAUAAAGCAAACCCACCGUUGGAUUGGGAUCGGAGGGUAGGGAUUGCCGUGGGAGCAGCACAAGGCCUCGCUUAUUUGCACCAUGACUGUGUACCCGCUAUCGUCCACCGCGAUGUAAAGCCAAGCAAUAUACUCCUCGACUCCGAGUUCCGCGCCCACGUUGGCGAUUUCGGGCUCGCUCGCGUAUUACCCAAAGAGGCUGGAGAUUGUGUCACCACUCACGUGGCUGGCUCCUGCGGUUACAUUGCUCCUGAGUAUGCGUACACAUUGAAGAUAAAUGAGAAGAGUGAUGUGUAUAGCUUUGGAGUGGUGUUGCUGGAGCUGGUGACUGGGAGGAAAGCAAUAGAUCCUUUGUUUGGGGAGAACAAAGACAUUGUGAAAUGGGUGAGAGAAGAGGUGGCUGGGAAAGAGCUGGAUUUGAAGCUUGUUAUAGAUCCAAGGCUGCAGCAAAUGUCUGCUUGUGAGUAUGAAGAGAUGGUACGUGUUCUUCGUGUUGGGAUUUUGUGCACUAGUUAUUUGCCGAUUAAUCGUCCGUCUAUGAGAUUGGUUGUUGAUCUUCUUAGAGGUCAUAGAGAUGUUAGCUUCUUCUUGCCGGAUGGUCAGAAACAGUAUUAGGUUUUAUUGUUGUUGGGUUUUUAAGUAUCUGUACUUGGAGUUGGUCUCUUCUUUGUAGUGUGCUGACUUCUUCUUGUAUAUGAACUCAAUUAACUACUUGGACUUAAUUUUAGCCA